AUGACUGCCUUUGUCUCUGUGCCUUCAGCCUGCUCAGACUCAGACUCUAGUCUUAUCCCUGGUCCUGGCUUCAGUUCGGCUGGGCCUGUGUCUGGCAGGAGGCUCCGCAGACUGCUCAGCUUCCAGAGGUACCUGCACUCCUCCCGUCUGCUCCGGGGAACACCCCACCUCAACCCCCUCCACAUCCUGGAUGAGGACUACACCGGACAGGCCAAGUGUAUGCUGGAAAGGGUCACGACCUGGAAUUUUGACAUUUUCCUCUACGACAGAUUAACCAAUGGAAACAGCCUGGUGACGCUGACCUUUCACCUCCUUAACCAGUAUGGUCUGUUGGAGCUGUUUCAGCUGGACAUGGUAAAGCUGUGGCGCUUCCUGGUCAUGGUGCAGGAAGACUACCACAGCCUCAACCCCUACCACAACGCUGUGCACGCUGCUGACGUCACGCAGGCCAUGUACUGUUACCUGCGAGAACCCAAGCUGGCCAAGUCCCUGACGUCCUGUGACAUCCUCCUGGGCCUGUUGGCAGCCGCCACUCAUGACCUGGACCACCCGGGAGUCAACCAGCCCUUCCUCAUCAAGACCAACCACUACCUGGCCAAGCUCUACAGGAACUCCUCUGUUCUGGAGAACCACCACUGGAGGUCUGCAGUAGGUCUGCUCAGAGAGACCGGCCUGUUCUCCCACCUGCCUGCUGAGGACGGGCUGAAGAUGGAGCACCAACUGGGUUCUCUUAUCCUAGCCACUGACAUCAGCAGACAGAACGAGUACCUGGGAAAGUUCAGGACACACCUGGACCAGGAUGACCUGUACCUGAGCAACGCCAGCCACCGACACUUCAUCCUCCAGAUGGCUCUGAAGUGUGCAGACAUCUGCAACCCCUGCAGACCCUGGGAGCUGAGCAAACAGUGGAGUGAGAAAGUGACGGAAGAGUUCUUCCACCAAGGAGACAUUGAGAAGAAGCACAGACUUGAAGUCAGUCCACUGUGUGAUAGCCAGAGUAACUCCAUGGCAAACAUUCAAAUUGGUUUCAUGACGUACGUGGUGGAGCCUUUGUUUGUUGAGUGGGCCCGGUUCUCUGACACGCGUCUGUCCCAGACCAUGCUGGGCCACCUGGGGCUGAACAAGGCCAGCUGGGGUGGGUUAGUACAGCAGGAGGGGUCCUCUAGCCCCGAGGAGCUGGAACCUAGCAGCCCUGCCUUCUUCACCAUGCCAACGCCCACCGUCACCGAGUCAGAACCAGAGUCUGCCUCUGCCGCGGAACCCAUAGCUGUCACCACGGCAACAGCCACAGAAGAAACCAACUACAAAGAAAUACCUCAGGGAAGCAAAGAGUCCUGACACUCCAUGUUUGCCCUUAGAACCCUGACCCCUGACCGCUAGCCUCGACAAACACUGGGGAGAGGGUGGGAGGAGCGGGGUAUGGCCUUUAACCCCCCCCUACUCCCACUGCCCCACCCGAACAGUACUCACGUUUUUGUUGCCUUUGCCUCCCAUAUUUGACAAACCACAGAUUUUAUUUAUUUCAUUUUUAAUUCCUUUCCUUGACAUACAUAGAUACUGCUGCUGUAUUUAGUAUUUUUAUUGGCUUGUUUUAUUUAUUUAUUUGUCCUCUGUAGUUUUAGCCUUACUAAUGUAACACUACCAUUUUGAAGGCGAAGUGCCAUUUUUAAACAAAGUUCUGUAGGAUGUUUUGAAAGUGAUUUGAAACACACUGAGUAUUGAAGAGAUGCUCUCCUAAGACUGCACAGAGAUGCUCUCCUAAGACUGCACAGAGAUGCUCUCCUAAGACUGCACAGAGAUGCUCUCCUAAG